AUGCCGAAACGAUCGGCUGAAGAGAAAAUUAAUUAUUAUAGUAAGAAAAUACGGAAAAUUCAAAAGAAGCAAAAACGUUUAAUUGGUGCAAGUAGUUCAUCAGAAUCUCCUUCAGUACCAGAACAAAAUCCAGAGGAUGAGUCAUUCCCGAUGGUUGAAUCUCCCUGUGAGGAAGAACCAGAGCCAGUGGAAAUAUUUCCGUUGGUGGUGGAGCCGGAUAAAGAAUAUCCUGCGGAUUCGAUCGAACCGCAACCAUCCACCGUCAUAUCAACGGAAGCUGAACCGGAGAAAUCCUCGGAAGCAAUACAAGCCAAUUGCUCUAUACAAGAGGUUGAUCCAGAUAUUUUAAUAGCCUUAGGGGAGAUUACUAAUGACUCCCCGGAUUACGGGGAAAAAAUACACGAUUGUUUAGCAAAAAUUUGGACACCAUUAUUAAAAAAGGGGUUAAGUAAAGAUGUUCGCGAGAAAUUAAUUAAAGAUUACCUUAUUCCUGAAAAUUGUCCCCUUUUAAAAGCGCCAACAUUAAAUCCGGAAAUUUUAGCCGCUUUACCCGAAACUGGUAGGUUCCGGGAUAAGAAAAAGAAGCGGAGGACUACGGCGGACAAGUCAACGGCCACCAGUUCAACCCGGAGGUCCUCAAUUGAAACCACUGCCAUCCAAGACUCGCGGAGUACCUCGCCGAGUAUAAAUCAGAUUCAGAAAAACAAGAUAUGA